AUGGCUGUUUCUUCAUGCUGGAUGGUCCAGAGGCGCUUCUCGUCUGAGGAAGGCCAGUGUUCCAGUUCCAGCUCGAGGUGUGAGCCGGCUGCCGGAACACCGCCGCGGCGGAUCAACAGGUAUUUAGCCGACCGGGCAGUUGCGGCCGCGGCCGGCGGAGGCGCUGCGGGCGUCGGGGGGUGGCGCGACGCCCCGCUGCCACCGGCGUGCGCCGCCGCCGCCGCCGCCGCCGCCGCCGCCGCCGCCGCCGCCAGUCCAGUCCAGUGUGCAGAGGCUGCUCCGCCGGCUGCCACAUCCGCCGCCCCCGCAGCGCGCGUUCACUCUACCUCCGUGUCCGCCGCCGCCUCCGCCUCACCGGUCCGACACCAGGUAACCGCACGGCUUGUCGCAGCGGCGAACUUCCAUCUGUCUGGUGCGAGCGUCUCUCAGCGGUACCACACUUUCCGAGUUCGCACUGAACUCACCGACUGUACAUUACGCAUCGUAUCCUGCUCCUAG